GGCACCAUAGCUGCUGCAAUCCCGGCGACAUUGUCGUCAUGAGUGUGUGGACCGGAUUUUCGGUUGGGACAUGUGCAGCAUGAUUCAAGUACUGACUGUCCUGACGGGAGUGAUGAUGCUUCUGGGAGCGGUGCGUGCGGGGAAUCGUAGGACGGCUCGCAAAGCUCGUUCCCGUGGUCAGGUCGUGGUUCGCAGCGUAGUGAGAGAGGGCGCAGCCGGCCCCGCAGUGCAGGUCGCUCCACUGCGACGCCUGCACACCCGCAGACGUGGUCAGAUUGCUGGGACGGUGUCUCGCAGUUUGGUCCCGACCCCGACUGCGACUGUGUCGAGGAGGCGACGGGAUUGCCCUGCAGCAAAUGCUGCACCAGGCGCAGCAGGCUCUGCAGCAAAUGCUGCACCAGCUGCAGCAGGGCCUGCGGCACCUGCAGCAUCAGCUUCCGCACUAGCUGCAGCAGGGCCUUCUGCGGCAUCUGCAGCACGUGCUGCUGGAGCAGAUGCUGCAACUGCAAGAGGUGUUGCUGAAGCAGCAGCUGCGGCAUCUGCAACAUGUGCUGCUGCAGCAGCUGCAGCAGGUGAUGCUGCAAGUGCUGCUGCAGUGGCAGCUCCAGGAGUUGCUGCUGCAGCACAACCAGCUGGGUCAUGUGCAGCAGGUGCUACUACAGCAGCAGCUCCAGCAGGUGCUGCUGCUACUGCUGCAGGAGGGGAAAAAAAGGAACAGAACAGGAAAAAAAAACGAAGAAGAAGAAUGGGGGUGGAGGUGGAGGGAAGAGGUGGCGGAGGAGGUGGAUGGAGGAGGUGGCGGGAGGCGGGCGAGAGGAGGGCGGGAGUAGGAGGACGUGGAGAAGGUGGCAGGAGGAGGCUGGAGACGGUGGAGGUGGGCGGGAGGAGGUGUGAGGGAGUAGGGCGGCAGGAGGGGAGGAAGUGGCGGGAGGAGGGCGCGGGAGGAGACGGAGGAGGUAGACGACGAGGUGGAGGAGGAGGAGGAGGAGGUCGGCGGAAGGAGGGUGAGAGGAGGCGGACGAAGUGGCGGGAAGAGGGGUACGGGGAGGAGGGCGGGAGGAGGUGGGCGGGAGGAGGCGGAAGAGGUGGAGGGAAGAGCUCGUGGGAGGAGGCGGAAGAGGUGGAGGGAGGAGCUCGAGGAGGAGGAGGACGAAGAGGAGGAGGAGGAGGAGGAGAAGAAAAAGAGGAAGAUGAGGAGGAGAAGGAGGAAGAGGAGGAUGACGAAAACGAAGACGAAGAGGAGGGGGAGGAGGAGGAGAAGGAGGAGGAAGACGAGGAAGAAGAAGAGGAGGUGGUGAAGAAGGACGAGGAUGACAAAGACGAAGUGGACGAGGAGGAGGAGCAGGAGGAGGAGGUGGAGGAGAAGGAAGAAGAAGAAAAAGAGGAGGAGAAGGAGAAGGAAAAAGAAGGAAGAUGAGGAGGAGGAGGAGGAGGAGGAGGAGGUGCUCACGAUAGGGGGAAGGGGGGGGAAGGUCGCGCAAGGCAGGGGUGAUG